AGAAAAUUGAUAUUGAUGGUCUUGGAAGUCGUAGAUUUGCUUGAUGAUCAACUGUUCUGUUUUAUCAACAAGCUUAUGUUUCUAAAUGACAAUUGUGGCAUGUACAACAGAUGAUGACUUCAGAGAGUUUGUGAAGAAAGUCCCAGAAGGUUGUCGCACAACAAUUGUAUCUGAUUCUUGCCACAGUGGUAGGCUGAUUGACGAGUUUAAGGAGCAGAUUGGAGAGAGCACAAAGAAUGAAGAAUCAAGUUCUGGUUUUGGGUUCAAGGACUUCUUGCAGCACAAAGUGCAAGAUGCAUUUGAAUCUCGUGGGAUUCACAUCCCUUCUGGAUUGCGCCACCACCAUGGGGAAGAGGAAGGCAAUGAUAGGGGAGUUUUUGAAGAGGGAUAUGGUGAUUAUGGCUAUGUGAAAAAUAAAUCUCUGCCCCUCUCAACUCUUAUUGAAAUACUCAAGCAGAAAACUGGUAAAGAUGACAUUGAUGAGGGAAAGCUCAGGCCAAC